AUGCUGCAGCUACGAGCGUACCCAUCGCAGGCGCACGUCGCCGCCGACGCCGACGGAGUCGUCUUUGUCAACUGCCACCUGCACGCGCUCGAAGCGGUCGCCGACGUCCGACUCAUGUGCGAAGGUGGGCCAAGCGUAUGGAUCGAGAUGGAGACCAUGCACGACUGCGACACGAUCUGCGCCUACUCCGAGUACCGCGUGCGCAUCGCCACAAUCGCGGCUGGCGACGACGUCGAUGUGCUGCUCAAGGUCGAGGUGCUCCCGGCCGCCUCCGAGAAGCUACUGCAGGUGCUUCUCGACGUCCACAUCGAGUAUACGAGCCUGCGGACGGGUGGCAGGCGCUCGAUGCGGUCGCUUGUCGUCGUCCAGCGCCCCGAAACCAUCCCAGACGACGAACCUCUCACGUCAACGACGCUGCACGACCGCCACCGCAUCCGCGCGGCCCGCGCGUUGGCCAUGGCUGCCCGCUGGACCGCGGAGGAGCUUCAUGACACAGCGCGCGGAGUUCUCGACAGCACAAGCCUCCAGAUACGCAAGGCGCUGCCCCGGCUAACGCGGAUUGACGCUGCACAGUCGCGCCUGCUGCUAGCAGCACUUGAAGUCGCGCGCCGUCGGGUGCCACCGCGGCAUUCCGCCAAGCACGAAACCUUUGACGACUUUGUCUCGGUCACCGGGGCCAUCGAGGCCUAA